AUGGACCUACUUGACCUAAGCACGGCUCCAGUGGAGUAUCAAAAAUAUGCAUGGAUCGCCAACCUCUCUUUCUCUGCUCAAGGACUAGGGUGGGCCAUACACUACUUCCUACAGGCACGAAAAUCACUUCGUGACAAAACCUACUCGCAGGCCAUCUUUCCACUUUGCGCCAACAUGGCCUGGGAAUUCGUGUAUACAUUUAUCUAUCCCCCAAAGAGCCGAAUUCAUGCGACCAUCAUGGGCUCUUGGUUCUUCCUAGGAUUGAUCGUCAUGUACUCGGCAGUGAAAUCGUCGCCGCGUGAGUGGAAACACACCACCUUGGUUCAGCGUUAUCUUCCAAUCAUAUUCGCUGUCGUGUUGCUGUACUUUAUUUCUCUGCACUGGGCCUUUGCGGAGACUUGGGGGCCUGCAGUCACGGGGCCAUGGUCGGCGAUGUUUUGCCAGGAAUUACUCCUCUGGGGAUCGUUGUCCCAGCUUCUGGUUCGGGAGGACAGUCGGGGCACUUCGUAUACUAUCUGGCUUACGCGAUUCCUGGGGACCUUGGCUGGAGCUCCGGGGCAAUCACUUCGGUACCGUUAUUGGCCGGAGCAGUUCGCUGAGAUUUCGUAUGGUAUUAUUCUAUGGCGGAUUCGACGGAAGGAGGCCCAGGAUGUGAAAAAGGUCACCUAG